AUGUCAUCUCGAUUGGAAGAGACUCAACAACAGUUGACCCAAAAAUCCAUUGAGCUUGAAACAACAAAAAAUCAGAUGUUAAAGGCUAUGGAGGAAGAUCUACUUUUGAGGCAAAGGGAGAGAGAAGAAAGAGAAGCAGAGCGACUAGAGCACCAAAGGGAGAUGGAAAGGGAGAGACAAGAGAGAGAAAGGGAGAGACAAGAAAGAGAAGAACAUGCCGCCCAGAUGAAAAAGGCAAUGGAAUCUUACGAGCGGAUGUUCAGUUUAAUGGUAGGAUACCGGGGUCGGUUUGUUAAUAGGAAGGGUAAACCUGCAUACGAGAAAGGGGAUAGUGAGAAAUAUGGGUUGUCCUUGCACCCUAAUGUUAGUGAAGUGUGUUAUUUUGAGUUUGUUGGGUGGGUGAAGGGGGAUUUAGGUUACGAAGAGGCUGGUCAGUUUUGGUAUAGGGAGCAUGGACAUAACUUGUUUAGUGGUAGGAAAGAGCUUAAGGAUGAUAGUGAUAUUCCUGCUUUCUUGUUUUCAAGGGAAAAAGAUGGGUGGUACCACUUGUAUGUUGUGCAUGAGGCUGUGAAACCCAAAGAAGAGAUUCAGUGUAGUGGAGGGAAAGGGGAGAGUGAGGAAGAGAGUGAUGCUGAUAGUGAUGUAGUAUUGAGUGAAGGUGAUUUUGAGGAUGACAGUGAUGAUGAUUUGUUCACUGAUAAUGUGGACCUUGAUGUUUCAAAGAAUGUAGCUAGGAGUUUAGAGGGGGUACACAUUCACACUUCUAACCUACUUGUUGGUGAGGAGGAUGAAGGUGAAAUUGACUUUCGAGAUGAGGCUGAUAUAAAUGAUGGCAGUGAGGAUGAGGUGUUUUCUCUAGAUGGAUCUGAUGGAGAAGAGGUGAGAUAUCCCGUGUUCAAUCCUAGAACAGACUUUAAGAAUGGUGUGAAGUUGAGUUUAGGUCUAAAAUUCCUUUCUAGAAAAACAUUUAGCAAAGCUUUAAGAAAUUAUGCCAUUGACCAUGGGUACAAUAAGAGUCAUAGGAUCACUGUUUUCUGUGCUCAGAGGUGUGACUUUGAGUGA